ACCACCUCUGGUUUGUAUGUGUGGAGGAGAUUAUGGGACUUGCCCAACAGCAUCUGGAGGGCUGCAGUUGGCCCUUUUCCCCCUAUUAAUGAACACCAGAGGAUCCUUGAAUGGAGGAAAACUCUCUAUCUGAAAGGUGAGCUACAACCCAGAAUCCUGGGCCCUCUAGUAGUUACCAGAUAAUUAAAACAGAAAGGUGGGGGGGGGGGUGAGUCAGAUGAUUGGAUUCUUUUGAAAAGCAGAGUUUGGUAAUGGAGCCUUGUUUCAACAGGCCAAGACCAAUGAAUGCCUUGUUUUCCAUUCCAGGGUUGGGGAACAAAACAAUAACAACAUUUUUUUCCAGUAAUUGCAUCAGUGGGAAAACAUGUAGAAUAAUGUUAUAAAAAGAUGGUAGCAGUGCAUAUUUCUUCUGAGUCUGGACUUCACUUAUUGCUUUUCUCUCUCUGUGUGUGUGCAUGUGUGGAAGGCAGGAAAAACUCUGAAUAUAUACAUGUGUGACCUUAAUUUCAUUGUGCUGGCUCUCUUCUCUUUGCAAAGAACAAAGUCUCUUUUUGUGAAUUUCUGUCAAUAGAAGCCAGGUGUUUUUUUUUUUUGUUCUGCAUAGCCUGUGCCACAAAGAGGAGUGGCACGAAAGGAGGCUGGAAGGCAAGGAGGAGAGGAAAAUAGUUUUGGUGGAGAAGCCGGGAGGCUAACGGUAGAUUUUGAAGAGAAACACGAUGACCAAACGGAUUGCCGAGUCUAUUCAGUAUGGAGGAGUGACUUUUCCCAGCAUCGUGCAUAGUGAAGAGAGUGUUUGCUACGCUCACAAGAGUUUUGAAGUGCGGGAUAGUGAUGUCUUCAACAUUACGUACCCCAAAUCCGGAACAACUUGGAUGCAAGAAAUUCUUACUUUGAUCUAUAGCAACGGAGAUCCCACAUUCUCACAGUCAGUUCCUUGUUGGGAACGGGUGCCCUGGAUUGAACACAAGACAGCAACGCAGUACUUGGAGAACCGGCCUGACCCUCGGCUCAUUACCUCUCAUUUGCCUGCAACAAUCUUUCCAGAAAAGUUCUUCUCUUCGCAAGCUAAGGCUAUUUACACUGUCCGUGACCCCAAGGAUGUCUGUGUAUCGCUCUACCAUUAUAGCAAGAUGGCUUCAUUUCUGGAGUACAGGGAGGAUUUUGGAGAAUUCAUUGAGCUGUUUUCAGCAGGAAAAAUUCUCUUUGGCACCUGGUUUGAUCAUGUCAAAAGUUGGUUGGCCUACAAAAAUGAGAAAAAGUUUCUUCUUCUGGUCUAUGAUGAAUUGCUAAAGGAUCUACGUGGCAGUGUUCUUCGCAUCUGUGAAUUCCUAGGCAAGAAUUUGGAUCCUGCUAUGGUUGACUCAGUGGUGGAAAAUGCUUCCUUUAGAGUGAUGAAGAACAACAAGAUGGUAAAUUACACCCUGGUUCCUGAAGAUUUGAUGGAUCAAAAGAUGAGCACUUUCAUCAGGAAAGGCAUUUCUGGAGACUGGAAAACUCACUUUACUGAAGAGCAGAGUGCUGCUUUCUACCAGCUCUACCGGGAAAAUAUGAAUGGUCUAGAGACCAAGUUUCCUUGGGAUGAAUUCCAGGUUGAAAAACAUCAGGAAAUGUGAGAUUUUGGAGGGCAAAGGGUACUGCUGCAAUCCAAAAAUGCCAAACUUUACGAAUCAAAAUAAUAUAUUUCAUUCAAAAUAGGUAGUCCUCAAAUUAUGACUGCAAUCUGGACCAGGAUUGCUGUCACUAACAGAUACAAUCAUAAAGCACAACCUCACAUGACCACAUCAUUUAGCAACAGCAAUCCAGACCUAGUUAUUGUUGUAACCCAAGAUAUGCAAGUUAUUAUGUGUAAAGCAUAACAAGUCCCAGGUUAGGAGUUAGCAGGUGCCACUGGGGGUGGGGUGGUGGGAGGCCCUGAAAGACCUGAUACAGCCCAUAUGGGUGUAGAGUGUGCAUGCAUCAUGUGUUGGGGGCACAAGAAAGCCAAAGAAAGAGGGUGUGGGGUGCAGGCAGGUGCAUAUUGCAUGUGUUGGUUCAGGGGGCUAUGGAAAGAUGGUGUGGGGAAUGUGAGUGUGUGCGAUCACAGGGAAGCUGGAGAAAGGGCAGGCAAUGGGGAAGUUGUGGAAAGAGGGUGUGUGUAAAUGAGCAGGAUGAACAAGAAGGUGAAGUCAAACAUGUCAUCAGUUUUGAGUCAUUGCACAACCAUAAGAUAUCCAAUCCCCCCGCCCCCCAAUAAAUUCCAUUGAUCCUUAUCUAGCACCAAUUUAUUUUUGACCAUUAGUUGACCAGAUUCUUUUGUAUUGGUAGCAACAAUAAACUUUUUAAUGUUUUGAA